AUGCACCCGGAAAGACUAAAGGCGUUGCGUGAACUCUCGUCCCUUUUGAAGGAGAAGAAGGAUGUGCCGCAGGAGUUGUGGGGUAUGGCUGGCAUGAAGGUCGGUGCACGACUGAAGGAUGUAGAGAAGGAGAUUGUUGCCAUGAAAAAGAACGUGUCGAAGGACAUUAAGUCGCAGAUGAUGGAGAAGCAGCAGACAAUGUUGGAGGAUGAGGCGAAGAGACACGGCGUCACAGUUGAGGAGCUGGUAGGGAAAACGCAGGAGGAACGUGAGUUUAACAUGCAGCUGAAGAGGAACCGUGAACGCGCCCGCGACGGGGACCGCGCCAAGAAGGAGGUGCAGCGGCAGACGGACUUGGGCGAGUACGACAUGGCUGUCGACUACGUGUAA